AUGGCUAAGCGUGGAAAGAAAACUGACAAAACUCAAAAAAAUGAAAACCAAUCAGAAAAUAAAUUAGAAAAUAAACAAAUUAAAGAAGAAAAUAAUUUAAAAAAGAAACAGGAAGAGUCACCUAAAAAAAAUGAUAUUGAAAAGAUAAGCCAAACAAAAGUUAUAAAUACCCAUGAAGACAUAAUAAAGCAAACAGAAAUUACGAAAUUCAUUACAAAACAGCCAAAUAAUAUUGAAUCAAAAAAAAAUUUAGAAAACUUAUUGGCAUAUUAUGAUUCCAGUGAUGAACAAAAUGAUCAAGUAGAACCAAGCGAAGAAAAAAUUAAUCCUCAAACUAAAAACACAGCAAGUAGUAGUGAAGAUAGUGAAGAUGGAGAAAGUAGUGAUGAUAUUCAAAACUCUGAUCAUGAUAUGUACAGUAAUAAUAAAAAGCAUAAUGAAGAUACAAACAAAAGUACUAUAGAAGAAACAAAUCAAAAUAAUUCAAUCAAAGAUGAUACAAAAUUAAAAAAUCAUGAACAUAAUAAAAUAAACGAAGAAAAAAAUACAACCACCAAUCCUAGUCCCAAUAAAGAAACACAUAAAAUAAAUCAAAAUCAUAUGAUAAAUUAUAAUAAUAUGCCAAUGGCAAUGCCACUCAAUAAUAUAAACAAUGCAUAUCAAAAUUAUCCUACUAAUAUGCUAUACCAAGAUUAUAAUUACCCCACAAAUUUUGCAAAUAAUAAUUACCUUCAAAACUACCAAGCAAAUUAUAACAACUACUACAAUACAAUGUAUAGUACAAAUUACCAUUCAACCUUCCCCAACUACCCUCAACCAACAAAUAAUACCUCCCAAAUAAAUGUAAAUAAAAAUUUCGAUAAAUUAUUUAAUAAUCAAUAUUUUUCAAAAGAUAAUAAAAAAAUUAAUGCCGAAUUUAAAAAUAUUCCAGUAAUAAAUCAAAAAGAAAUAUUAAAAGAUUGGAAACCUACAAUUGUAGAAGAAGAAAAAAAAAGUAAAAAAUAUGACAUAAAAACAAAAGUUUACAACCCAACAAAUAAUACAUUUGAUAAAGUUAUUAUUCAUGGAAAAAAUCAAAAACGAAAACAUCAAAUAAAUUGGCUAGCCAAAGAAGCUGUUGAAAAAGAAUAUGAAAUAUUACAAAAGGUUAAUCACAAUAAGCGACGAACAACAAAUGAUAAAUAUGGAUGGUAA